CAUCUGUCAAAUCGCCCUUUCACCAGUUCAGCCACGUUCGGCAUAAUUUUUCUGCAAAGUCUGCUAGUGUAAAAAUCUCCGAAAAUCCGGAUUUUAUCGCAAGAAAACGUAAUAACUACGGUCCACCGCGCUGACAAUGAGUGAGACCAUUGCCUGCACGCCGGAAUCGGCGGUUUUCGAAGCCCCACAGCUGCAGUUCAACGAAGAAGGAUGGGGUCCGUGCGAGCUUCCGGAUGCGUUCAAGGACAUCCCGUACCAGCCGUUCAGCAAGAGCGACCGCUUGGGCAAAAUCUCGGACUGGACCGGCACGGCCCAAACCGACAAGAAGUAUCCCAAUAAGUACGCUUCUCAGUUUGGCGGUGGCAACCAGUACGCGUACUACCAUGAAGAGGACGAAACGACGUUCCACCUGGUGGACAGCGCUAGGAUUCAGAAGCAACCGCAUCAACGCGGACGCUUCCGCGGAAAUUUGAGGAAUCAACGGUGAGUAACUUUUAAAAUGCAUCAUAA